CUAAUUUAAAAAACUUAACAACAGCCAGGGGAACAUUUAAGACAAGACGGAUGAAUUUUGGUGCCAUUUUUUGGUGGAGCGGCGUCCUGCACGUGCAGCCGUUUAAGCGGCGUCCGGGCCUGCGAAGACCUGAGAGAGCAGGCCGCGGAGAGAACUGGAACCCAGCAUGGGAGAUGAAGAUUGGGAAGCAGAAAUAAUCAAACCUCAUGUGUCUUCCUACGUUCCUGUAUUUGAGAAGGAUAGAUAUUUUUCUGGAGCAAAUGGAGACACAUUUAACAGGACUCCAACUUCAUCAUCAGAAAUGGAUGAUGGACCUCGAAGAGAUCAUUUCAUGAGAAGUGGAUUUGCGCCUGGGAGGAGUUUGGGAAACAGAGAUGCUGGCGAGUCUAAUAAAAGAGAGAUUACAUCCACAAUGGGUGGUUUUGGAGUUGGAAAGGAUUUUGGAAAUAGAGGUUUUUCAAAUAACAAAUUUGAAGAAGGUGAUCGCUUUGGUUUCUGGAGAGAGGCUUAUAAUGACUGUGAAGAUAAUCAAACACGGAACAGAGGGUUUUCUAAGAGAGGAGGUUAUCAAGAUGGAAAUGAUUCAGAAGCUUCAGGGUCAUCCAGAAGAGGUGGAAGAGGCCGUGGAGGAUUUGGUCUAGGAAGUCCAAAUAAUGAAUGUGAACAAGAUGAGGGGACACAGCGCAUUGGUGGCCCUUUUGGAUCCAAAAGACCAACUUUAAGUGGCUCAGGUAAUGGUGACAUUUAUCAGAGCAGAGGUGGCAGUGGAAGUAGACGAGGUGGUUACAAAGGUUUAAAUGAAGAAGUAAUAACAAGCUCUGGAAAGAAUUCUUGGAAGUCAGAAGCUGAAGGAGGAGAAAGUGGUGACACUCAAGGACCAAAAGUGACUUACAUACCACCUCCUCCACCUGAGGAUGAAGACUCCAUCUUUGCACAUUAUCAGACAGGCAUAAAUUUUGACAAAUACGAUACUAUUCUUGUAGAAGUAUCUGGACAUGAUGCACCACCAGCAAUUUUGACUUUUGAAGAAGCUAAUCUCUGUCAGACACUGAAUAAAAACAUUGCAAAAGCUGGUUAUACUAAGCUUACUCCUGUGCAAAAGUAUAGUAUUCCUAUUAUACUAGCAGGACGCGAUUUGAUGGCUUGUGCUCAAACAGGAUCUGGAAAAACUGCAGCUUUUCUCUUGCCAAUUUUGGCUCAUAUGAUGCGUGAUGGAAUAACUGCUAGUCGUUUUAAAGAACUGCAGGAACCAGAGUGUAUUAUUGUAGCACCAACUCGAGAACUGAUCAAUCAGAUCUAUUUGGAAGCCAGAAAAUUUUCUUUUGGGACUUGUGUAAGAGCUGUUGUUAUAUAUGGGGGAACCCAAUUGGGACAUUCCAUUCGACAAAUAGUACAAGGCUGUAAUGUAUUGUGUGCUACUCCUGGGAGACUGAUGGAUAUCAUAGGUAAAGAAAAGAUUGGUCUCAGACAAGUCAAAUAUUUAAUUUUGGAUGAAGCUGAUCGCAUGCUGGAUAUGGGUUUUGGACCCGAAAUGAAGAAGCUAAUUUCCUGCCCAGGAAUGCCAUCAAAGGAACAGCGACAAACCCUUAUGUUUAGUGCAACUUUUCCAGAAGAAAUUCAAAGGUUGGCUGGGGAGUUUUUAAAGUCGAAUUACUUGUUUGUCGCUGUUGGACAAGUGGGUGGCGCAUGUAGAGACGUGCAGCAGACCACUCUCCAAGUUGGCCAGUACUCAAAACGAGAAAAGCUUGUCGAAAUUCUACGAAACAUAGGUGAUGAAAGAACUAUGGUCUUUGUUGAAACUAAGAAAAAAGCAGAUUUUAUUGCCACUUUUCUUUGUCAAGAAAAAAUAUCAACAACAAGUAUUCAUGGUGAUCGGGAACAGAGAGAGAGAGAGCAAGCUCUUGGAGAUUUUCGCUGUGGAAAGUGCCCAGUUCUUGUGGCUACUUCAGUAGCUGCCAGAGGACUGGAUAUUGAAAAUGUUCAACAUGUUAUCAAUUUUGACCUUCCUUCCACCAUUGAUGAAUAUGUUCAUCGAAUUGGGCGUACUGGUCGUUGUGGGAAUACUGGCAGAGCUAUUUCCUUUUUUGAUCCUGAAUCAGAUAGCCAUUUAGCACAGUCUCUAGUGAAAGUACUGUCGGAUGCUCAACAGGAUGUUCCUGCAUGGUUGGAAGAAAUUGCCUUUAGUACAUUUGUUCCUGGUUUCGGUGGUAGUACAAGAGGAAAUGUGUUUGCCUCAGUUGAUACUAGAAAGAAUUACCCGGGCAAGAGCACAUUGAACACAGCAGGGUUUUCUUCUUCACAAACUCCCAAUCCAGUAGAUGAUGAAUCAUGGGAUUAAAGCUAAAACAACCUGCAAGUUU